AUCCGGGGCAGCAAUGCUGCGCUGCCAUGGGGUGUCCGAGAAAGCCUCGCGAGCUAUGCCCAAGGGCAGAGGCGCCAUGGCGAUACUUAUUUUGCUGCUGGUCGGCCAUGAAAGCUUUGCAAUGUGGAGGAGAAUCGCUUGGUCUCUGGUAGUGUCUGACGGCGACAAGUUGUUUGCUUAAUGAUGGGUCGUGGAAUGGGAUAUCAUGGGAUUAUCAUGGGAUUGACAUGGUGUUACUGGGUCAUUGUUGAAUUAUUCAUAAUUAUUCUAAAUGGCUAGUGAUUAUAGUGAUUGGGGUCUAAGUAUAUCGAGUAACAGCUGAAUGUUCGCUAAGCUCCUGGCACCUCCUGGCCCAAUUCGCGGCGGGACGACCAGGUGACCUCAGCUGGAGCUAUAGUCGGAGUCGGCUGGUGCAGUUUGAGAGACAUUGGACAUUUAUCCAUCCAAGUGAUUCCAAUUUACUGUACCAUACUAUACCCAUCUAUACCCAUCCAUCAUCAUCCAUCAUCCAAUAUUCAGCAGCUCAUUUCCAUCCACAUGUCGUCACAAGAUGUCACCGUGGCCUCGACAGGAACCAAGCAGUCAGCGGUAGUCUUAACAUGUCUUAACUGCACGCUGAAGGAAAAGCCGGACCAGGCAUGCCAUCACGGAAGACACCGACAUUGGUGUGGGGGUCAUCCUAUAUAUAUAUAUGUGUGUUACAAUUAAUAUCAUAUUAUAUAUAAUUUAUAUAUAUAUAUAUGUGUGUGUAAUGUGAUUCUCAGUUUUGGGACUUUGAUGGGCUAAAAGGACCUGAAACAAUGACACAAACCUGAUGCUGUUCACGUCAAAACCCCAGGAUGGAGCGACGGCAGGCCCUGUUGGCAGCGCCGUUGCUCAGCCAGGUGCCUUGGGGGUCCACCCAUGCCGAGCCUUUGCUGUUUGACAAUGCAGUGCAAGAGUCCAAGGAUCAAAUCUACAGGAACUUUGGCCUGAAACCGAACAUUGGUUUGCAAGUGAGGAAGCUGGAUCGCAAGGGCCGCAUGUCUGAUGGUCCAGUGCUUCGUGCUUGCCAGGAGCAGGUGAUCCCCAGAUGCUUCUCCAGCACCGAAGAUUUCUUCAGAGAGAAGAAGGUGGAAACCAAGUUGGAACCAUGGCGGAUUCCCAGUGGAACAACGCCCGAAGAGGCCAUCCAGCGUCUGAAGCAGUUGGUGGAAAGCUAUCCGCCGGGCCAUGAUGGUAUUGAUUCAGGGGGCUGCCGGCUUCUGCAGGUGCAACCCAGAUACCUUUACGCGCAAUUCGCCAGCUUCAUUGGCCUCAUCUCCGACGUGGAAUUCGCCGUCUCGGAGGACGGCCUGGUGCAGCUGCGCUCGGCCUUGCGGUCCAUGGCGCCAGAUGCGCUAGGAACUGUCCAGACGCCCCCUGAUAGCUUAGUCAAUGCCAAGCGCCUGAACUGGUUCUCGGAACGUCUCCGGAAGGCGGGUUGGACGGCUCCAGAGAUCACUGAGCAGACGCAUCCGCAGUACUUCGCAGAGAACUUGAAGGCGGGGCUAAAGACCAUCGGACUGGAGUUUAUGCCCGAAAAGGAUGGCGUACCUAAACCUGAUUAUCUUUGAUUUCUUCAUCGUGGAUGUAAAAAAUA